AUGGGGCAGCUCGGGGGCGGCCGCCGAGCCCCACCGCCGGCCCCGGCCCCUCCGCCGGCCUUCAGCAUCGACAGCAUCCUGCAGCCCGGCCCCCGCCGCCCGGCCCAGGAGCAGGGCAGAGUCCGCUGCGCCCUGCCGGAGGAGGAGGAAGAGGGGCCUGCAGAGCAAGACCCCAAUAAAAGCUCCAGCAACUCGGGCAGCGAGCCCUGCCGGCUCCGGGCGGAGGGGACGAGCCGUGGCCUCCGCCCGGAGGCCGAAAGCUGUUGUAUGGACUCCCCGCUCCGCGCAGAAGGGCUGCGCGGCUCCCGGCAGCAGCCGCGGAGGGAGGCCGGGGGCUGCGGCGGGGAGAGCGGCAGGUCGCCGGCUGCGGGCGGCAGGAAGAAGACGCGUACCAUCUUCUCCAAGAGCCAGGUUUUCCAGCUAGAGUCCACCUUCGACGUGAAGCGCUACCUGAGCAGCGCCGAGAGGGCCGGGCUGGCCUCCGCGCUGCACCUCACCGAGACCCAGGUGAAGAUCUGGUUCCAGAACCGCCGCAACAAGCUCAAGAGACAAAUGUCGGCCGAACCCGAGGGCCCGGGGCAGGCGGAGCCCCCUGGAGAUCCACUGCCCCCCGCUGCCUCCGCGGCUCUCUCCUUCCCGGCCCUUUACAAGGACAGCACCCUGCUCAGCCGCUGCUUGAUGCCUCUGCCCGUCCCCCUGCUGUACCCGGGCAGCGCCAUCCCCUACCUCUGCCUCCCCGGGCCGGGCAAACACUUCAGCCUGGUGGACGGGGACGUAUAGCCUCUUUCCCCGGUCCCCGACCUUC